CCGAGCGUGGACAGAGGCCUCGCGGGGUCAGCCCUGGACUCGUCCCACGCAUGGCUCUGUGGGUGUUUGGGGGCCGCCUUGGCCUGCGCGGGCAUCUCGGCGCCUGCAGGCUGCUGUGUCCCCGUUUUCAGAGCCGCAGCUCUCAGGGCGAGGAAGACGGGAACAGGGUGCAGUCAUCCUCGAAGACACCCAAGAUCCCCAAGAUUUAUACCAAAACAGGAGACAAAGGGUUUUCCAGCACCUUCACAGGAGAGCGGAGACCUAAAGAUGACCAAGUAUUUGAGGCUUUGGGAACUACAGAUGAACUAAGUUCAGCUAUUGGGUUUGCCAUGGAGGUGAUCACAGAAAAAGGCCACACAUUUGCCGAAGAACUUCAGAAAAUCCAGUGCACGUUGCAGGAUGUUGGCUCUGCCCUGGCUACUCCACGAUCCUCAGCCAGGGAGGCUCACUUAAAACACACGGCCUUCGAGGAAGGGCCUAUCAUGGAGCUAGAACAGUGGAUUGACAAGUACUCCAGCCAGCUUCCCCCACUCACGGCUUUCAUUCUACCUUCUGGAGGCAAGAGCAGCUCAGCCCUGCACUUCUGCCGGGCCGUGUGCCGACGAGCUGAGCGACGUGUAGUGCCACUUGUCCAAAUGGGAGAAACGGAUGCAAAUGUGGCGAAGUUCUUAAACAGGUGCUGAAGUGGAGAAUGGCGGGUCUCUGAACCUCCAGACUCAGCGAUUACCUCUUCACUGUAGCCAGAUAUGCGGCCAUGAAGGAGGGUAGCCAAGAGAAAAUAUACAAGAAGCGUGAUGUCUGAGACAUGUGGAAAUGGUGAGCGAGCCUCGGAGGCCCGUCUGGAGAGAAUGGAAGUGGGGCUGAGGUAGACUUGGGGCCGCCUCACACCCCUCUCAGACUCCUGCUGGCUUCCCCGGGCUGUGCUUGAGCACGUGGGACUGAGCUCCAUACUGCUGGAAGGAAAGGAACACUGAAGGCUACGAAGAGAAGGGGUCAUUCAGCAUUGGGACUUAACACAGGGAAGGUUUGAACCUCACACUUGGGGGGAGUGUAUAUAAGAGAGAAAGAGAUGCUGCUGCCAACUCAGGCUUCUCAAGGAUUUGGAAUGUACCAGAGUCCCCUGGAAGUUACCAGUGCCAAUGGGGCUUUAAAUGUCACGUUUAUAAAGGGGAAGGCAGGCAGACCUGAGUGUGGUCACCUCUGAGCCACCCAUCACUGCCAGUGUAGGGGAAUGACAGCUGCAGGUCUACCGGGGUGCGGCUUGGAGUCCUCUCCAUAGGGCAGGAGGUGGGCAGCCCUCCCCGUCUCCAGGCUAGCACUGAGGCCUCUGCUGUCGCACUGGGCUGGUGACUCCUCCUGUGAGCCACCCCACACUGUGUUUUAUUCCACUUGUCACCGCUGCUGCUCCUCACUAUGAAACGACAUUGCCAGUGGCGCUGUGCCCUUGAGAAGAGGGAUAUUUGUGAAGGGCUGAAGGCGGCCCUGAGAACUUACGGAUUCCACGCCUGCUGGUAGGUAGUGACUGCGGAAGCACAGGUCAGGGAUGCUGGAUCAGCUCAGCGCUCUCCACUAUGCACCUGCUUGGCUUCCAUGCUAGGUGUGGGUGGACUGGCCUCUAGCUGCCUUCCUUGUUGGUCAGUCAGCAAGCAUUUGACUUCAGCUGAGUGCCCUCCCUCCCACCUUCCUGCUGCUGUUUCAGGUUGGCAGCUACACAUACAUCUAUCUUCUGGGUUCUUUAAAGAGCAGAUGCCUGGGAAGGAAGAAUACCUCCCUGGGAGGCAGUCCCAUCCAAUGCCACUGCAGCCACCAUAGUGAGGCACAGAUCAGAUAUGGAGUUGGUGCUGUGUGUGCUAAUGGUGCUUGAGCGUCGUGUUCUGGGCCUGGGGGGACGUCGUGUUCCAAGAGCUUGCAGCAGCCCUGUACUCCGCCUACAACCACCUCUCCUAAAAAGACAGGCUGAACUCAAGGAAAUAGCAGCCUAGACCCCUAGCCUAUGCCUUCAACAAUCUUGGGCGGCACUCAUGGUAGAUCUCAGUGUUCAGGCUCCAGGCAUUGCCUAGCCUUUUGCACACUGCCCCCAGUCCUCAUGGGGCAAUUCCCACUGUGCGCUGGCACAGCUGCCGAACUGUUGCUUUAAAUUGUACCCAUUUAUCACCAACCUCUCUCUACUUGCAUACCUCCUCGAAAAGAUUGCAGGAGGCUCCCUAUCUUUUUAAAAAAUUUUGUCAAUAUUUUGCCAAUAGCCGUUUCAUUGAGAUACAAUGCCACCUACCAGAAAUUUUUUUCUAAAAUGGACAGUCCAGUGGAUUUUAUGAUAUUGCCCAUUUUUUGCCACCUCAUAGCUCACACCCGUGAAGAUGGCUCUAGUUUGGGACAGUAUUCACCUUCCUUAGCAGAGGUGCCCCCCCUCCCUCCUCAGUGGUGCCUGCCAGUGCUACAGAGGGGCCCCAGGCUCCUCACACUGGACCUCCGCACUGGGAGUGGGGUCACAUUUCUGCAGGAAGGGAAACUGAGGCUCAGAACUGGCCUAGGGGUCUCAUGACCCCCCCACCCCCAAACCACCAGCACUCAGCAGUCAUUUUAAUCACAGCGGUGUCAGGCUCUAAUAGAUCUGUGGUCGUGUUGCUCAGCCGAGUUUCCCCUAACUGAUAUUUCAUGGCUAUUGUUAGUGUGCAUUUCUCACUGAGUAAUUUCCUGAGCCUGAACUUGUAGCACAUCCCAGUGAUAAAUGUCCCCAGUUCCGAGUCCCCUGUCAGCUGCAAUGUCACCCUUACCUCCUCCCGAGCACCUCCUGACAGCCCAUCCAGUUUUAUGAUCCCUCUGUCCCAGUGAUCAUGACUGAACCUUUAAGAAUCCAGACGCAUUUCAAGUUUAAUUGAAUAAAAUUCUUUGUAUAAUAAA